UCCAGUGUCCAAGAAAACAAGUUCUCAUAACAGACAAUAGCUCUCUACAAAGCACAAUCGUAGCAGCGCCGAAAGAGGCAAGCCGGAGCUGAUUUUUUUUCUUAAAUUACAAAACUAUUUUUAAUGUCAAACAUGGCCGUUGUUGCAGAGAAAAAGCUCACGGGACUUGUUGCAGCUACAUUUACUCCUCUCACUUCUCAAGGUGAAGUCGACUUAUCACAGAUUGGACCUUAUAUUGACUACUUGGUACAGAAACAAGGUGUAAAUAAAAUAUUUGUCAAUGGCACCACCGGAGAGAGCAUGUCCCUCAGUGUUGCAGAGAGAAAAAUGCUGGCAGAGGAAUGGUGUCAGAAAGCAAGGGGCAAAAUAGAUCAUGUAGUUGUGCAUGUUGGCUGCUUGAGUCUCAAGGAUUCCCAAGAACUGGCUCGUCAUGCAGCAGAGAUUGAAGCUGAUUCGAUUGCUGCGAUGGCACCUUUCUUCUUCAAGCCCAAUGCAGAUUUGUUGAAGAAGUUCCUCCAGGAAGUGGCUUCAGCUGCCCCAACUCUGCCUUUCUAUUACUAUCACACACCAAGUAUGACUGGUGUAGACGUUCCUGUGAGGGAUGUGCUGAACGAUAUUCAGAAUAUCAUUCCAUCCUUCAGAGGAGUGAAGUACACUGGGACUGACCUGAUGGACUUCGGUCUGUGUGUCAGCCAUAGUCAGCCAAACUGGACAGUCCUCUACGGUGUGGACGAGCAACUACUUCCAGCCCUCACUAUAGGAGCUCAGGGAGCAGUCGGCAGCACAUAUAACUACCUGGGAUGUCACAUCAACAAGCUUAUGGCAGCAUUUGAGAGAGGAGACCUUGUGGAAGCCAGGACAAUACAGUUCAAGCUGAUGGAUCUUCUCAAAUAUGCCAAGACACUUGGUUUUGACGUGGGGGUGAACAAGCAGCUGAUGAUCGAGCUGUCAGGCUUGUCUCUGGGACCUCCUCGUCUCCCUCUGAGUCCGUGUCCUCCUGCAAACUCUCUGGCCAUGGCACAGAAAUUUCACAGCCUUUUCCCUGAACAUUCACAAGUUCAAUCUGAGCUGAACAUGAAGUGAAAAUCACCCCUAAAGAAUCCUUGAACUGUUUAGGGUUUUUAAAACAUAAUUUUAACACAAUGAUUCCUUGAACUGCUUUGUUUUCUCUAAUAGGUUUUUAUGGAAAUUCAAAAGCUACAUAAUUUUUUAGGCAUCAGUACCUCACAGUGUACUUUCGGACCAAAUAUGGAAAAAAACAUAGCAAAAAGGGAGAGAUGUACUGUGUGCUCUCGUUGUGUGGUAAACUCCAGAUUAAAGCCAGGUGCUCUUGAAGAAUGACGUGUAUAGUCAGAAAAGGGAGAAGCCACCAGGGCAAUCUUCAGGCACACUCGCUCGAGUCAAGGAUUUGGGUAAGAAACCUUUAAUGUUUCAGGGCAUAUCUAAUAAAAAUAAUAAAAUUACAAGGUAAACCGACCCGUUUCGACCGCACAGGAUCUUCAUCAGGGCGUGAACAAGACGCUGACACAGGUGAGGUUCAUUUCACAGGUUUAAAUGAACGAGCGAAUGUGCCUGAAGAUUGCCCUGGUGGCCUCUCCCUUUUUUUGAUGUAAAAAACAGAUUUCAAUAUCCAAAUCAUUUUAAAGAAACUUCUGUUAUGGGAUAUGUUGGACUGUUACAGCUUCUAUGCAAAGGGUAAUAGUGCACUUCCACAUAAAAGCAGUAUUAUCUUAAAAACUGGUUUUGUCUGAAGAACAAUACUGAAUAUAAUCUUCUUAAUUUUAGCUCUCAAAGCCUUGGUCAUAUGGAAUGACAUCCAUAGAAAUGAAUAACAAUCACAGUGAACUACCUGAAAAAACAGUAAUAUCUUUCACUUGCUUAUGUUUUUGUAUGAAGAUCUCAGUAGUGGAAAUCCUGACCUUAAUCUGACUCUGUUAUAGAGACACAGUAAGGAAGGGCAUUGAUAUGACUAACAUUACUGACUCUCAAAAAGGGCAUUAUUAUUAAACCUAUAUUGUUACAAAGGCAGCAUAAAUCACUGUUUAGCAAGAUUUAGACCUCAUAAUACAUUAUCUUUGUUAAAUGUAUGCUUCUUAAAUGUCCCACAUGAAGGGAAAUGUUUGUAUUCAGAUCAUCUCUGAACUGUUGUUUGAAAAUCUGUGAUUUUAUGUUUUAUGACUGAAUUUCUUCUGUCUUCUACUCAUCCAUUUUUCUUAAUACUUUAUGUUCAUGUUGGUGUCUUUUUCCUUGAGUGUUUUUAAAUCACAGUUAUAAAUGACAUUUAUUCCCAAAUUCAGAGCCAUGUUUUGUCAUAAGCUCGUACAUAUUUUUCCCAAUAAAACAUCUAAAUUCAAA